GUGGGGGUGGGGAUCUGCUACAACAUAUUAUCAACUGCUUUGGCGCCUUUUCGCCAGAACUUCUCCUGUGCCUCUCCUGUCUUCAAAAUCCUUGACCCCUUCAAGUGAGUUAUUGUCUGAACAGGGAAACUGACGCUAGCACAGCUCGGCCGCUGUUCACGUUGCCAGCUUCAUGUUUCAAGCGCCAGCUGAAGUUGCGAACUCCAAAUCUUCCGUCAUGACUUUUCAACAGGGGGCUGCGGCUGCACCCCCACUCGGGAGUGAAAUGUCUUCUCGCUUUGUGGAUUGUGUGGCCGAGUCGAUGGCUUUGAACCCCGAACUUUAUCGCUGGGCCUUAAUGCACGGUGACCCAGACACGCUUAUGGAAUGGAUCCUGUUGGCAGGUAAGGCCGAAAUCGUGAUGGAUUUUGAAAGCGACGAGAGGGAGGCAGGGACGGGUCGCCGUCAGGGGCAGGCCAUCCAGAUGGGGUCCCGCGGGUCACCCGGGAAAUUGACGGAGGAGUCGGAGGAAACCCCGUAUGCCCGCAGGCGUCGGCUGGGUCUUUGCCUUUAUUGUGGAGAGAGUGGGCACAUGGUGGCCACCUGCCCUGCUAAACCGGCAGCCAGAAUGCCGCCUCCCCCCCGUGCAACCAAGCGGAGCAACCCGAAGUCCUUCAAACCCAAAAAAGGUGCCAUUGCCUCCAAAGUGGCUUGGGAAGUGAACUCGGAGCCGAGUUCCUCUUCGCCUGAGUCUGAUGGUGAGUCGGCUGGAGUUGGAACUGUUGGAUACCUUGUCCCGACUGCAGAGGUGAGUGAAGAGCCUCCUGAAGACAGCAUCUUCCUGGCACCCUGCUCCUUCUCAGUCUCCUGCGAUUUGGAUUAAUUGCAGCAAUUCGGAUUAAUUGCAGGAAUUGCUAGACUCUUGCAUCUAUCGUAACUGCUUGCAGUACCUGGUAUCCUGGAAAGGUUAUUUACCUGGACAGAAUGAGAGUGGGUGAAUGCAGAUGACAUCAGAGCACCCUGGCUAAUCAAAGUGUUUCAUCGUGCCUGUCCAAGCAAAGGGGGGGGGGUGUCUUAAGGGGGGUGGAAAUGUCAGGAUGCCAUUGCUGGGAGGGGGGAAUUGUGGGGGGCUGCUUUUGCGUUUGCAGGUGCUGCUUUAUCUGUUUCCCUGGCCUUGGGAGCUCAGGCUGGGAUGGGCCUUCAGGCUGGACUUUUCUAACAGUUCACAUGUGGGGGUGGGGAUUUGCUACAACAUAUUAUCAACUGCUUUGGCACCUUUUCGCCAGACCUGUUUUCUCCUGUCUCUCUUCUGUCUUCAAUAAAAUCCUUGAACCCUU